AUGGAAAACCAAACAACAGUGUUGUUUCUCACUCGUCUGUCUGAUCUUCCCAAUCUACAAGUUCCUCUGUUCCUGGUGUUUCUCCUCAUUUAUCUUAUAACUCUGACUGGGAACCUUCUCAUCCUUCUCCUGAUCUUCACUGAUUCCCAUCUUCACACCCCCAUGUACUUCUUCCUUGGAACCCUGGCAUGUCUGGAUAUGAGUUUCUCCUCAGUCACUGCCCCAAGAAUGCUCUUUGAUUUACUCACAGGUAGAAGGGACAUUUCUGUACCAGCUUGUAUAACUCAGAUCUACUUCUUCAUCUUUUUCGUUGCAUCAGAGGUAUCUGUGCUGGCAGUGAUGUCCUAUGACAGAUACAUUGCCAUCUGCCGCCCGCUUCACUACAUGCAGAUAAUGAGCUGGAAAUUUUGUGUUCAGCUUGUAUCAGGUGUGUUGGUGCUCAGUGCAAUUUAUCCCUUGGUGCACACUCUUUUUUUAACCAAACUGACAUUUUGUAGGCCUGAUGCUUUGCAGAGUUUCUUUUGUGACCUGCCCCAAUUGCUUGAGGCUUCCUGUAGUGACACAUUCAUCAAUGUAUUGCUCAUAUUUCUCCUUGGGAUAUUGUUUGGUGGUGUCUUUUUUGGGGUCAUCUUUUACCCAUACAUCAGCAUAAUAAUGACAGUUCUGAAAAUCCCAUCAAUAAACAUGAGAGCCAAAGCUUUCUCCACCUGCUCCUCUCAUCUAACUGUCGUCUUUAUAUUUUACACUACUAUUUUCUUCAAUUACUUUAGCUCAAAUGCAAAGUAUAAUGUUACAGAGGACAAAGUGGUGUCUGUAUUUUAUGCAAUAUUAACCCCCUUUUUAAAUCCCAUGAUCUACAGUCUGAGGAACCAGGAGCUCAAAACAUCACUAAGAAGAGCUUUACACAGAUUGUAA